UGAUUUUGGGUUUCACCUCAUCUUCCAUUUUUACCUUUUUGCCUGUUCCCUCUUCGAUUAUAAACAGCACCAGCAGCAGCAUCUGCUCAGCUCAGUUCAGCUCUACUCGACUCUUGUGCCGAGAACAACAAUCUCCUCACCCCCGCUCGCUCUCUCUCUCUCUCUCUCUCUCUCUCCCUUCCGACGCUGCCACGUGGAAGUGGAGGCAUUCGCCAUUAUCCGGAGUAGCCUUGAUCGUGCUCCGCUGGCAUUCCAGCAUCCCGUGGAGUCUGCGUCUCCGGUAUCGGGCCAAGAUCCAAGCUGCCUACCCUGGAUGGAUGCUAUAGGAGAUGCAGGAUGGCACUCUUCCAGCCCGCCGGAAUCGUCAGCGGCCACCAAGCUCCAGAAGGUGUAUAGGAGCUACCGGACCCGCCGUAGGUUAGCGGACUCCGCCGUCGUCGCUGAAGAGCUCUGGUGGCAAGCGAUAGACUUCGCUCGGCUCAACCGAAGCACGGUGUCGUUCUUCGAUCACGGGAAGCAGGAGACGGCGAUCUCGCGGUGGAGUCGCAUCAGUUUGAAUGCUUCCAAGGUUGGUCAAGGUUUAUCCAAGGACGGCAGAGCCCUCAAACUCGCUUUUCAGCACUGGAUCGAAGCCAUUGAUCCAAGACAUCGAUAUGGGCAUAAUCUGCAUACUUAUUAUGAAGAAUGGUGCAAAAGUGAAGCUGGUCAACCUUUCUUCUACUGGUUGGAUAUUGGUAAUGGCAGAGAUUUGGAUCUUAAACAAUGUCCAAGGUCAUUACUUCGGAAGCAAUGUGUCAACUACCUUGGUCCUCAAGAACGAGAACACUAUGCGUACGUUCCAGUAUAUGGUAAACUUGUGCACAAACAAACUGGAAUUCUCUUAGACACAACUACAGUUUCCAAAGGAGGAAAGUGGAUUUUUGUCAUGAGCACAUCCGGGAAAUUAUAUGCUGGUCAGAAAAAGAAAGGAAUAUUUCACCAUUCCAGCUUCCUUGCUGGAGGAGCUACUAUAGCAGCUGGAAGAUUCACUGCAGAAAACGGAAUGCUCAAGCGAAUUUGGGCAUACAGUGGACAUUACCGACCAACUGAGGAGAACUUCAACAACUUUUUAAACUUCCUCAAAGAAAAUGAUGUUAAUCUGGAUGAAACUGAGAUAAUGACAUCAUCCAACCAAGAUUAUUAUGAGGAUGCAAAGAAACCUCAGCUAGAAGAGGUGAUCGAAGCAAUGAAAGUUUCUAAAACUCCACAACUAGUUCUGCCUACCGUUGUAACAAAGAAUAGAACUGUGGAACCAACUGCAGAAUCUGAAUCGGCCGUCUGCCCUCAAUUCCAGUACAAAAGAACUUUAUCUGGCGGCAUUCAGAGUCCAAGAACUGAUGUGCCUAAGAAAGCCAUUCUAGAGAGGAUAAAUUCCAAAAGGAAUGCAAGUUCUUAUCAGUUGGGGCAUCAGCUUUCUUCCAAAUGGUGUAGCGGAGCUGGUCCUAGAAUUGGAUGUGUUGCAGAUUAUCCAGUUGAGGUCAGAUUACAAGCUUUGGAGUUUGUAAAUCACUCACCAAGGGUAACCACACCAUCAAAACCCCCUUUAUCAAAAGCUUAGUGAGCCCCUGAUAUAUCGGUUACAUUUUCGAUUCAGGUUCUGUCAUAUCCAUGUCUGGAGUAUUCCGUCUCAGUAUUUGCAUUCUUCUAAUUUGUUUGUUUUUUUAACUGUAGAAGAAAUGGACUGAAGCAGUUUAUUGUCAUAAACACUUCAAGUGCAUGAAUUCUUCUGGUUGUGUUUUUAUGUCAGUAAUGAGUUUGUAUACUGAAUCAACAGUUGAGUUGAUGCC